AUGGCCGGGGUCUACACCAACAUGCUCUGCUUUACAGCUUUACUCUUACAACUGUGUGCGCUCACUGCGCUCGGACAGGACUAUGUAUACACAGAAACAGAUGGCACUGGUGCUUAUGAGUAUUAUAACGAUUACACCACUGACAGCCCUGCUGGGGAUUUUGAUUUAAAUCUUGAUGACUGGUUGUAUGAACUUGUGGACUUCGCAGAUGAAUGUGAUCCAAACCCAUGUCUGAAUGGAGGCAUCUGUGACCACACUGCCGACGGGAGCUUCAAAUGUUUGUGCCCCGAGCCUUACACAGGAAAGAAGUGUCAGACAGUGAAAGAUGUCUGCAAGAAUGUGAAAUGUGGACGUGGAAGCUGUGUCAUCACAUCUACUGCUCCAUUCUAUGAGUGCAAGUGCAAGCCCCCUUACAAACCACCCAACUGCAACAAAGCAUCUCCCUGCAGGCCCAACCCCUGUCAGAAUGGAGGCUCCUGCUUGAAGGGUCCCAAACAGUCCUCCUUCCAGUGCUCCUGCCCUCAUGGAUAUACUGGGAAGUUCUGCGAAGUUGGACCAAAUGACUGUUACCAAGAGGAUGGAGAGUUUUACCGGGGCAUGGUGAGUGUGACAGUUGAAGGGGAAGAGUGUCUGGACUGGAAUUCCUAUUUCAUCGUGCAGAAAGGGGGAGAUCCCUUCAAAGAGUACGCAGGCUUCGAUGGAAUUGGACCACACAAUUACUGCAGGAACCCUGAUGGAGAUGAUCAGCCCUGGUGCUUCAUUAAUAAAGACGGCAAACUGAAGUGGAACUAUUGUACAGUUAGGAAAUGUUCAGGAGCUCCAGCCACCCCACCAACCAUCCAUGAAACCGAUCAAACUCUAGCCAAGCCGGACGUCGCUGCUGCCCAGUUCUCCCAGUGUGGGAAGCCGCAGCCCGGCCGCUCAGCCAGGAUCUUCGGAGGAAAGAAAUCUCUUCCUGGAGCUCAUCCUUGGCAGGUUUCCCUGCAGACCAGAUCCAAAGGCUCCUCAGGGCCCUUCAGCCACAUCUGUGGAGGCAUCCUCAUCCAGUCCUGCUGGGUGCUUACAGCUGCACACUGCAUUAAAAGCGGAUUGGAUAUGCAGGUGGUGCUGGGUGGAGUGGACAUAGAGAAGAAUGAGGUGUUCGAUCAGGUCAUCCCUGUGGAGAGGGCCAUUGUGCACGAGCAGUACAGACAGAGCCCGUUUGCUCUUUACAAUGAUGUUGCCAUGCUUCAGCUGAGAGUCACAGACAGACCGUACUGUGCCAAAGAAACCCGCUUUGUGAAGACAGCCUGCCUGCCAAACCAGUCCUUCAACAGCGGGACAGAGUGUGUGAUCUCAGGAUGGGGCGUGACUGAAACACAGAAGUACGGUACCAACCAGCUGCUGGACACUCGUGUUCUCCUGAUCUCCCAGGAGAAGUGUAAAGCUCCCCAUGUUUACGGAGACUCUCUGGACGACAGCAUGUUCUGUGCAGGCAACAUGGGAGGAGGUGUUGACUCCUGCCAGGGCGACUCCGGCGGCCCUCUGGUGUGUGAGCAUAAUGGCACCCACUAUGUUGUUGGUGUUGUGAGCUGGGGCGACGGCUGCGGCAAGAAGUACAAGCCUGGUGUCUACGCUAACGUCGGCAGAUUUGUUGACUGGAUCUCUAAACAUUUACUCUCAUGAAGAUGCAUGUAACCGCAGACAUGUUGCCACUACCUCAGAUAAUGUCCUGUUGUAGCAGUAAUACACUUUCCUUUAGGUAAAAAUAAGCUAGGAUGAGAACAAGUUUGAAAAAGCUUUCAUGUGACACAUUGCCUCAAUAUUUGUGUUUCAACUCAUGUAUACCUCACUGUGGUGUGAUUACAUAAUUGUUCCAAUGCUAAGUUGCUUCCUAGUUUUUGUAAGCAUAC